AUGCGGUCGCUGACGACGCCGUCGUCGCUUCGGUUUAUCGCGACCGCGACGACGAACGCGAUCGAGUCCCGCGCGCGAUGGCGCUGGCACCACGUCCCUCGGCGUCGCGGUCCCGAGCCGCGCGCCGUCGCCGCGCGCGGGACGCACCGCACGGCUGCGUCCCUCGCCGCCGCGGACGCGGCCGCGAACGAGCGAGAGAGCCCGGGGAAGGUCAAGAAGGAGAUGGACGCGUGCUUCGACGUCGUCGAGCGCAUGGGAAGAGGCGCGGUGUACCUGGGCUCCGCGCGCGUGCCCGAGGACCACCCGCACUUCGCGAUGGCGAGAGACCUCGCGAGGGACGUCGCGACGGCGUACGACUGCACGACCUGGAGCGGGCUCGGCGCGGGGAUGAUGGAAGCGGUGACGAGAGGCGGGAUGGAGGCGGGGAAGCCCGUCGCGGGGUUCAUGAUCUUAUUAGAAGCCGGGGGGCAAAGGCAAGCGUCGAGGACGCAUCCGUACCUUCCCCCGGAGGUGUACCACACCGCGAGUUUCUUCUCCGCGAGGAAACACGGCCUCGUGGACGCGGGAAUCAGGGCGAAUAAGACGGACCGGACCGCGUUCUUCGCGCUGCCAGGCGGCGUCGGGACGCUCGAUGAAAUUUUCGAGGUUCUCGCGCUCCUUCAACUGAGACGCAUCGGGAGCGCGCACAAGGUGCCGUUCGUCGUCAUGAACUACGACGGGUGCUUCGACGGGUUGAUAAAGUUCCUCGAAGACGACAUGGUUCGGUACGGCAGCCUGAGAGACAAAGAGCUCGAGCCGCACUGGGUCGUGUGCGACGACAACGCGGCGGCGAUGAAGUACCUCGAGACCUUUUACGCCGACGAGAACUGA